UAUCCACGCAUACUUAAAUCCUCUUUUCUCCUGCGGAUCGAUCACGGCGAAGCCGAUCGGAAGCGACCAAAUGGAGCACGCCCAGCUGCGGCGGCUGCUUCUCGUCGUCGUCCUGAUCGCCGCCGCCACCGAGCGCUCGCUGGCCGGCCUCUUCGGCUCCCCGCCGCCCGGUUCCGCCGCCGCCGGCCACGACGAGGACAACACGUGCAGCCGAGCGUGCGAGUCCCAGCACUGCGCGGGUACGUAUGCACAGGCGCCGUUGAUGAGGUACGGCAAGUACUGCGGCGUGUCGUACACCGGGUGCCCCGGCGAGGCCCCCUGCGACGCCCUCGACGCCUGCUGCAUGCUCCACGACGCCUGCGUCCAGGCCACUGACAAUGACUACCUGAACAUGUUGUGCAACCAGAGCCUGCUGGACUGCGUGGCGGCGGUGAGGUCGCCGGCGGCGAGGGGAGGAGGAGGAGGCGCCAUCAGGACGUUCGAGGGGAACCAGUGCAACAUGACGGACGUCGCCGACGAGAUCACGUCGCUCGUCAAGGCCGCCGUCUUCGCCAAGAGGAUCCUGCACAAGCCAUAGCAGCUUAGCCGGCGGCUAGCCUGUAAUUGUUUUUGUUAAUUAAUUAAUUAGUUAUUAAUUAAGCUGCUGCCGAUCGAGGAAGGAGAUCCUCCGACGUGGACUCGAGAGGCUGACAUGUCGACCUAUAAAUAGUGGGGUUCACACGCCAGCGACAAUAUCUCUCUAACGUAAGAGCAUUUUCAACAGGAGGCUAAAAAUUAGCCCCUAAUAAUUCUAGAUUGGUUUCAUCCUAAAAACUAUUAGAU